AAUUAUUUUCAGUGGUCUGAUUGUGAAAAUAUUGAAAGCAAUUUAAUUAGGUUUCUUAUCUGCCAGGUAUUCCUUGAACCCUGUUCUCAGGUUUUAUCCUGUCAACAAGUAGAAGUAGAACCAAUUUCAGCAGAUGAUUGGGAAAUACUGGAGCUGCAUGCAUUGUCCCUGGAAAGGCAUCUUCUUAAUCAAAUUCGAAUAGUAUUUCCAAAAGCUGUCUUCCCAGUGUGGGUUGAGCAACAUACUUGUAUCUAUAUCCGGAUUGUUACUCUAAAACCCCCAGCUCUUUAUGGAAGACUUGAAGCCUGCACAGAACUUCUUGUAUCUCCUAAAUUACGACAGUAUGAAGGUAGUUCUGCCACGUUGCUUUCCCCGAAAGAUGACAUUAUGCAGGAAGAUGUCCCUGAAACCGAAUUAAAACCAAGGGAAAAAAAUGAGGAACCACAUUCCAAAGAAACACAUUUAAAUAGCCAAUUUCAGCAGCAUCAACCAAACACAAAGGGAUCGCAGAGUACAAAUAUUUUC